UUGUUUUCUUCCUUGCGUUUAUAUCUUCCCCACAACAUUGCACAAGGGGAACAAUGAUUAAAGUCCUCCCUCUCAUCAUCCCUGAAUAAAAAUAAUAAUCCCAAACCCCCUGCUUGAGCACAGGAAAUACUCUAACUAAAUGUAUUUAAUUGAUACAAGUGAAUCCGUAAUCCCAGCAGAGCAAAAAGCCUCCCAAUCCCAUCAAUCCGAGGAUAGAAGGCCUUUAAAUUGCCCAAUCGAAUAAAAGGAUGAGCAUAAUCCUGUCCAUCACAUCACCGCCUAAUCCCAUUGAGAUAGUUAGCGGUGGGGUGCAUCCGUUUCUUCCAAUCAGCGCUCAGCGAGUUUCUGAUCCAGCCAACCAGGCAAAGGGUUUUUGCUAAACGGAGCAGAAUGUAACUAUUAAUCUCCCAUUUAGGACAGACGUGGUUGUCCACUUCCUCCAAUCAGAACCCAGAGGGCCCCUAUGAUCCUAUUUAUCGAGGCACAGAGGGAGCUUAAUGCCUCCUGCUGCUCUCUGAGAUUUAAAAACACACACAAGCCAGCCAACCAGCGCAUGGCAGGGAAUUCUUCUUGCUUAUACCAGAUCCGAAGUGUUUUCCCUGUUGUUCUCUGCGCCUAAAGAGCAUUUGUUUAUUUUUUGCGGGGGAGACUACAAAUCCCAGCAUGCCCUGCUAAACUCCCGGGGUGAUCCUGCCAUGAAUUCGCAUUCAGUUGGUGUGGGCGUAGCUAUGAUUGUGAUGCGCCGCCACCCCCGGGGGGCGGAGUCGGAGAGGAAGGAAGAAGGAAGGAAGGAGGAGAACGCGAGCAAAUCCAGCGGCGGAGUUCAGCUCUGGGGCGGCGGCGGCGGCGGCAGGUGAACACUGUGCACUGUGCUUGAACACUCUGCCUCCCUAUCCACUCCCUGAUUUGGUUGGAUGCUUCUGCACCAUCACUGUUGCAUCAGCAGAGGGUGCCCUUGGACCUGAGCCCAAAAAGAGAAUGACCCCAGCCCAGUGAAUCCAUGUUUUGUCCAUGCUGGAGAGGGAAAGAAGUUCUGCAUGGAAUGAGUCCUUUACAUGACUUUGCCAGCCAGCUGUGCCAUGGGUGGGGCAGCCCUCUUCUUUCUCCACCUGUUGGUGGCUGGUUGGGCUCAGGGAGCGACUGCUGACAGCCCUUACCUUAGUGUGGGGGACGGGACAGCAUUGGAAUUUGACUUCCCUGCACACAGCCGCGGUGUCUUGCUGGUUUCCUGCCGCUAUUCAGGGCCCAACGCCUGGCUGAGCGUGGAAUCUCUAGAACCUACCGUUGUUGCCAUUGAGAACGUCAGCGCUUCCUGGGGAGGAGGUUUUAUGGUUGGGUUUCAGUCCAGCUUAGCUGGCCUAGCUCCGCUGCAGCUGCAGUUGCUGGAGCAGAACCGACUUAUCGAGAAAGCCGAUUUCCAGAUCCGUGUCAGUGCUCCAGAGCCGGUGGCAUCAUCAGGGCUGGGCCACUUCUCUGAGAACCCCAUCCUCUAUGCUCUCCUGCCUCUCAUCUUCCUCAACAAAUGUGCAUUUGGCUGCAAGGUGGAGGUGGAGGUUCUGUGGAACCUGGUGCGCCAACCCCACCCGGUCAUGCUAGGCAUACUAGGCCAGUUUGUCGUCAUGCCGCUAUACGGCUACCUCAUGUCCGUGGCCUUCUCCUUGCCUAAGCCACUGGCCUUGGGACUGGUCAUUUCUUGCUCCUCACCUGGUGGUGGUGGCGGCUACCUGUACAGUCUGCUGCUGGGUGGCGACGUCACCGUGGCCAUCUCUAUGACCCUCCUGUCCACAAUUGCAGCCACGGGGCUGAUGCCGCUCUCCUCGACGUUCUACGGCUGGUUGCUGGGCGCCCACGAGACUCUCCACGUCCCCUUCCUCAAGAUCUUCAUCACCCUGCUCUUCAUCGCUGUGCCCAUCUCCACUGGCAUGUUGGUCAAGUGCAAGCUGCCUCGCCUCGCCCGCCUCCUGCUGCUUCUGAUCAAGCCGUUCAGCUUCACCCUCAUUAUAGGAGGACUCUUCAUGGCGUAUCACAUGGGCGCCUUUAUCCUGGCGAAUGUGCAGGCCCCGAUUGUGCUGGCGGGCGUCACUGUGCCCCUCUUUGGCCUGCUGUUGGGCUACUUGCUAGCUUGGUGCUUAGCGCUGCCUGGGCCACAGCGCCGGACGGUUAGUAUUGAGGUUGGGGUACAGAACAGCCUGCUGGCUCUGGCUGUGCUGCAACUCUCCUUCCAGCGGGCCCAGGCUGACUUUGCCUCACAGGCUCCUUUCAUCGUGGCCCUGAGCAGCACUUCCGAGAUGUUGUUGCUGGUUUUGGGGAACCUGGCAUACAACAGACUCUGUUCUGCUGGCUCCUGAGUGCUCCUGGGUAAGGGGAGGCAGAUACCAAAGAUGUCAAAACAUUGGCUGUGGCCGGCAAGAAGAGACGGAUACCAUAGGCCUUAGAAGCUGGUUUUGGGGUGCUUUCCCCCAUCCCUGGGGUGUGGAUUCCAAGGCCUCAGCCUCUCAACCUUUCAAGGGGUGGCUUGGGUACCAAAGGGGCCCUUUGAAGUGAGAAGCACACACCUCCCAGAGGCUGCUUGUGUGUUAGGAAUCCACAUCAUCUGGCCUUUUUGUUUUCUUUUUUCUUGUCUACUUGUUUUUCUACACAGCAAGUGGUGCCUCUGGAGCUUAGAGCUAGAGCUGUACUGACUGUGAGGUGGAAGAUGGGGGGUGGAACUGACCCAUUUCUUCUCUCCCAUUCACCAGGGAUACAGGGUUUGAAUAAAAUGAAAGAGAUAAUA